AUGCCGCGCAUUCCCAAACCCUGCGCCGUCUGCGCGACGGCGGGGGCGAGCUACGCCUGCCCGAAGUGCCGCGUCGCCUACUGCAGCGUCGCCUGCUGCAAGCGCCACAAGGCCGACUGCGGCGGCGCGGCCCGCGCGGCGCCGGCGCCCGCCGCCGCGAAGCCCGCGCAGCCCGCGCGGCCCGCGGCGCGCGGCGCGGCGCGCCACGUCGGGCCCGGCGCCUGCGACGACGACCGCAACGCGCUGUCGGACUCGCACCGCCGGCGGCUCUCCGAGUGCGCGUGGCUGCGCGACGAGCUCCGGAGCGAGCCGAGCCUGCGCGCGCUCCUGCGGCGCAUCGAGGCCGCGCGCGACCCGGCGGCCGCGCUCUCGGCCGCGCGGUCCAACGACCCGCGCUUCGCCGCGCUCGUCGACGCGAUGCUCGUCGAGCUCGGCGUCUGCGCCGUCGACGCGGACGGCCGCGCGGCCUUCGAGGGCGCCCAGAGGCCCCUGCCGCCGCCGGGCGCCGGGCGGCCGCCGCGGCCGCUCUUCCACCCCGUCGCGGCGACGGACCGCGAGCGGGCCGAGGCCGCGCUGAGGGACGCGCUCGCUAAUACGAGCUAG